UUCUUUCUACGUCAACGGUUCUCUCGAAUUUUGAACGCUUAACGGGGAACACGGCAUGGGCGUAGUCUUUUUCUGCUGCUUCGAUUGUUGUCACUAGGUACAAAGCAACCAAUAAAAAGAAGUACUAGCUGGAUAGCCUAUAAAGCCCACGUACAAUCCUAAAUGUAGGCGCUAUUACCUCAGCUACUGUUGCAGUUUCUUAUAUACCGGUAUUCAACUUUGAAUUGGAUGAAAUUAACAGGUUAUGAUUACAGCUGUUUUUGAAUUCUCAAACCGAAAAAGUGGUUUUCGCUUAGCCAACAGUAGUGUGACUUUAAGAUAAAUUACAUUUUCACCACAUUAUGACGACAACUUUGUCUAAAAACGUUAUACCCCUCAUUAUUAUAUAAUCAGGUUGGUAGAGGGUAUGAUUAUAUUUCAAACAUACGUUGAAAUUGAACAAUAACUUGUUUAACCUGUACUUUUGUCGACGAUCGUGGGGGUAAAACAUCAAUUGCAACUGAUGAACAAAAAUGUCCUCGCAAAAAUGAUAUAUAAUAAUGUAUUCUUAUAAUGAUAAUAAUAUGUAUUUUAUAUAAUUGGAAGAGAUAAACAUAAUAUUAGUUUUGAGUAACCAUUGGAGGUAGGCCCCCCUCUUAUAUCCAUAGUACCAGCAUGCAGGCAGCCGUGGCAAGCAGCAAUAUCACAGAGCAAGAACAGCAACAAUUAUAACAACAACAAUUGAUUAAUUCACUUGCUUAAAAUUAAAUGUUCGUUCCAAUAAUUGCCCCUGUUGGGUUCUCAAUUGAAUCGUUUUAAAUUAAAUGCUCACCAAACCGAUAUUAGUUAAGGCUCUAUAGAGUUUUUAGGUUAUAGUAUAAUCCCAUGCAACGAGCACGAUCUUGUUGUCCAAUUAUUUAAUUUCGAUGCAAUAUUCUGAUGAAAUCACCGAGCAGGGUUUGAACGAGCACAUUCGUUUCCUGAAUGUGAACUCUCUUGUUGUGGAAGUGAAAUAGUUUAUUAUUGUGUGUCGGAUUGGGUCCCAUGAUUGAGUUCACGGUAACAGUUACACCUCUAUCUUCUUGGACGCCUAUGCUAAUGAGGAAGGAAACUCCAAGGAUGAAUUGGGCCUCAUUAGCUUCCACAAUAUCAUAAGUCAUGGAUCUGAUGUUCUUUUCUUUUUUAUCCACUGCUGUCUGUGUUUUGGUGGUGGUGGCCUUUAAGUUAAAUAAGUAUCUGUCACUUUUACGAUGGAUAAACGGCAACGCUUACGUUCUCAGCAAGAAAAGGGACCACUUCAGCAUUUUGGAAGUUUUAGACCUUUUCAAGAAUGUUAGGCCUUUCCCUAUAUCCAAUCAGAAGGGAUGGAAGAUUGACAGCUAUGCACAUGGACAUCGCAUCUGGUUCAAUUUCUUGACAUUUCCACACAACAUUAAUGCACCUUCAAUUAAAGUGUUUGCAGCUUUUGACAGAAUUGGAGCAUCGUCUCAGGCCCUACUCCAGGUGCUGAAAGACAUCAGUCAGUCGUGUGACUGGAAGCCGGGCGUGAUCUCAACAUCCCACACUCACAACCUCAAGUCACACGAAGUGCCAUCUUCAAGCCGUGGCUUGCCAUCUAUGCCUGUGCAGGUUGAUUGCAUCAAAGAGGAGAGGCUGGUACCCUUGGAGCCUAAGUUUUCCCUGCGCUACCAUGACCCGUGGGUUACUGAAAAUGUCAUUCCAACAACAUCAGUUGAGUUUAAAAGGUUUUGGCACAGGGAAGAUAACGGAGUUAGCUGGCUUCUACAGAUGAAUGAAAAGUUGCAGACAUGUGAAUUUUAUCUCAUCCAACCUGUGUCUGAUGUAGAGCAGUGCCUUUUGUCGGUUCUGACAUGGUCACAGACCCCAUCUCAGGCCUCCAAAGAGAGAGCUUCGAUCCUCCUGUCUUCUCUUGGGGAGUACAUGUCUGUGCGAAGGCUUCAGAAGACGCCAUUACUCUCCAUAACGCUACCUCAGGAUCUUUCAGAGAGUGACACGGAGUCAAGCGAUUCCAGUCAACGCCACGAGUCUUUCAGCCGUGACAAACCUCUUUUUAAUUCCUUUAAGAAGUUCAUCCUCGACAGACGGUCAACUAGUAACAGCAGUGACGACGGGAGGUUGAGCAAUUCAAACUUUCGUCGUGCACAGUUGGAAAGAUCUUCGUCUAUUCUGAAAUAUAAAUCACAGAAUUCUACGGCAAAUUCCAAAGGUGCUAAUGGUGUGGGGUCUGCUUCUGGGGAGCCAGCUAAGCAGUCCGGUGCGUUCAACCCUCUGUGCACGUCAGAGAACAAGGACUCGACCGAUGGUGCGGUGCGGAAACAAUCUCUGUUGCACCGGUCGGUCAGUGAUGGGAGUGCUCUCAAACAAAGUCGUCAGCUAGACAGGCAGCUGCAGGAGGAUCAGCAAGACGAGGAUGAUGACGGGGAAGAGAGUGUCAGACAGGGAGAGGAGGAGGAGGGGAAGAGGGAUCGAGAGGGAGAGGGGGAAGCUGCUAGUCAGAUGGAAAAUGAAGCCAAUGUGUCAGAAGAAGACAUACAAGUUGCUCAUCAUAAGACUCUGAGUAAUCAGUGUGCAGCAGAACUGUUGGCAGAGGCUGUGCGAGCAUCUAACAUUGAUCUGGAGCUGUCAUCUGACAAGCAAGCAGAGUCUUCGGGGGGUUGGUUAUUUUCUUCCUUUGAAAAAAACAUUGUUGUGUUAAAGAAAAUGCAAUCUCCUGGGUCAGCAGUCCAAAGCUACAUUGGCAAAGGCUUUGUCCUGGCUCCCCCAAAGACAGUUUGGGAUGCAGUAAAAAAUCCACGGACUCGGUUCACAUAUGAUGAUACCCUCAAGAAAGUGGACAUCUUAGAAUCAGUCAACAGUACUCUCAAAAUCGUGUAUUUUUAUCACGAGAGCCAGCAGUUUCUAAUGAAGAGCAGCUGUGAUAUGUGUGUACUGCAGGGUGAGAGGCAGGAGGGUGACAAGUACAUUCUCACGUAUUCGAGCAUCGAGCAUGACAAGAGUCCUCCACAGCCCGGCACCCUGAGGGCCAGGUUUCAUCCCAGUGGAUGGAUUAUUGAACCAGCUCGACAAGAUAACAAGGUCUACUCCAUUGUCACGUACUUAAUGCAGGUCGAUUUUGGUUCUCCACAAGACAACAGUGACAAGUUUCCAUUUGAAGACAUGAUCUCUAGGUAUCCGCUGAGUAUCGUCGACUUGCAGCAGUACCUCAAGCCAGCCAUGCAAAUGCUGAGGCGGAAAUCCCUCACUUGAUUUUUACGUAGUGUGGCUGUUGUUGUCCCACUGUUAUCUGACAUGUUCAUGACCAUUGAGGUGCUUUUGGAAAAUUAUUGGACUGCCUCCCUCGCACGACACCCAGUGAAGUUAUCAAGUUUUAGUCACGGUUUGUGUUCCAUGUGUCCGCACCACCUUGUUCGUCACCAAAUUUUAAAAUGUCUUGGUGCUAUUGUUAGUGUUGGUAAAAGAUUUUUUUACGGCUACAUAAAGCACUAUAACUCUUUGAUUUUGAGCUUGUUUGCUUUCAUCUUGUGUGCUUGCAAUUUUACCAGGUUUCCAUUAAUUUGAAAAGAUUUUUGUCAGUGUCAGAAUUUAUUUUCAAUAGACCUGCAAUGUUUGCAUUAGGUUUUGUUUUGGACUGUCAUCUGUUGACAAUAAUGUUAAGUCUCAAUCAUCGUACAACCCUCCCUCACCCACCACCUUAGAAAGGCUUCCACCCGUGGUGGUCGAUUUAAAUUUUCAGAUUUCUUUUGAGUGGCUUGACUAUUUUUAAAUGCCGACAUAAAAAUAUAUGACGCAUGCAGGAGAGGAGUUGUAAGCAGUCGCAAUAUCAGCUCUCUGUUCUUCCCACUGCAAUAUCUUUCAUUCUGUCUUGUAAUGUCAGUCUGUAAUACUAUGCAACCAGAAGUACUCUUGCAGAUAGAAAAGCUGGAAGAUGCUAUUCGUAUAUGUUCACUUUGGUCAUAUGUGCAAAGAUUUUUUUAGAAAAGUAUGGGAGGCUGGCUGAAUCAUUUUUGUCUAUAUAUAUUGCCUCUUGGGGUGUAGUCCCUAAGAGUCCUAAUUGUUAGUUAAGACCUCUUCAAAAAUUUUUAAUGGUUUGGUGCUUGCUUUAUACGCUACUUAUAGUUUUUUUGUAUUGUGUAGUUUUCUAACACUUCUUUAUUUGAAAUUAAGGUUAGAAAAUUAUAUCUGUUAUUUUAUUUGUUUCUGACCACCUCAUCAGAUCUAUGCUUUGCAUAUUUUUGUCCAAAAGUUAUUGGCUAUACUGGAAGAUAGCAUGUCAGGUCACAUGAAUUGUAAGAGGGCAAGUGUAGACAGCCAGAUAUUUGAAGCUACGGAUCUGCCUGUUAAAAUUAGCUUCAUCACUGUUUGUCCCUCUCCACCCCCUCCCCAAGAAAAUGGAAAUGGUGCCAGUAUUUUUUACCUAUGCUUAACAUUCACCUGAUGUGCCGUGACUGCGGCACACAUGCACAGUUAUAUAUUGUGAAAACGUUAGAAUUUUUGUGUCGUUGUCUGUAAAAGAUGUCUCCCUUAUUGGUCAUGUAAAAUGCUAGUCUCAGAUUCGUUUUCGUACAGUUUGGUAAGCUAUAAGCAUCUUUUGCCUUCUAGGUUUGACUUCUUAGGAAAGUUAAGCCUGUUCAUUUCCAAUAAAAAAUCUAAAAUGAAUGAGUAAAAUUUACUGAGGCAUUUUGAAAAGAGCAUACACAUGCAAUCAACAUGUGGGAUGUUUGGUUAUCUUUACAUUAUUCGAGUAAAGAAAAGAAGCGACAAUUUAUUGGAGAACCAAGGCAAGUAACAGUGGUAAUUUUCUUGAUUUUCCCUGAUUGCCGUAAGCAUGUGCUGCACAUUUAGAGCCAACCCAUGAUCUUGUCAAAGCACAUUGUAUAUAGGAUGAGACGACUGUAACUGUAUUAGAUGUCAUGUGAUUAUACCGAGUUACCAACCAAAACAAAUGUAAGAGGACAGGACUACUUAUUCUUCAUUUCUUAAUUUUAAUCACCAUUUUGACCCUCCCUCUCAGCACUUACUGUCCUUUUGACAGAAAUGUUUUUGGUGAUAUGUUUCUUCAGUGGGAUGAUAAUUCAAUGUCAGUUGAAAUGAAGUUGAAAGAAGUAUUUUUUUAAAACUUGUAUGGCUGUAAAAACAAUUUUGGGUGUUCUCUGAAAGCUGCAUUAAAUUUUGAGUUCCACUUACUUAAAACUCAUCAACGUGAUUCUGUGAGUUUUUUAAAUACUUAAUUAUUGUCUAAUACUAAUACCCAAGAGGAUAGCUCUGUUUAUGCUGUGAUCCAAGGGACCCCUUAUGCAGGCUCAAUCUGCAGUUUGAAAUGUACUGUAUACUUAUUUUUAGCUUUGGGUUUUGUUUAGUUUUUGAGGAGGGGGGUGGGUGCACUGUAUUUGAAUUUGUUACUUUUAUGAAAUCUUCGAUUUCAUGUCAAUGUUGUUUGCAAAAAUUUUGCAUUGGUUCCCGAAUACAAACAUGACAUUGAGUGACUCGUGAAUUCCAAAUGUUCGUGAAAAUUGAAAUGGACAAAACUCUCUUUAAAAAAUGUAGAAGAAAAAAAUAGUGUACAGUAUACAUUAGUCAUGGACACAAGGUGCAACACUAGACAGCUUACUCAUUUAGACACUUAUUGACCUGUCUUUACCUAGUUUUUCUUAAACUGUUACUAAUUAUACCUGAGACUGAAAAUGACCAUUAUGUCUUAUGCUUUCAGGUUGCCAUUUUUUUGGCCUCAUGUUACAUUGUAUAUAAUGUGGUCACAGCUAAGAUGUUGCUAGUGCCUAUAAUAAUUAAUGAUCCAUGUAAGAACAGAACUUUCUUCACCACCUCAACACCAUUGCGAGAUUGUUUGCCAUGACAAAUGACUUACUGGCACAGAGUUUCCACAUGCACACAGAUUCUGAGAUUUCUUGAUGUUUAUUUGUAAUGUGAAUGAUAUACUUUUUUUUAGAUGUAUUUGUUCAUGAUGCUAGUCAUUUCUUUUUGUUCCUUACUAUAAGUUUUGGACUUGUAGUUUAAAUGUUGAAUAUUGACAGCAUAUUUUAGACUUAUAGUGGGUAACAAAAGUGAUGAUUGUCUUAAAAGAAUUUUCUAAAAAGGGCUUCAGGUGUUCCCACUUUUUUUCACAGUAGAAUGCUUGAUUUAGUUUUGUAUUUUCACAUUAGGUUUUCUUAUUUACUCUUAUCUGUAUAUUCAUUCUAUGCAUCGAGACCAGUAUGUAUGUUAUGUGAUUUUGUAAUGUUUGGUGUUUCUGCACAAAGUGGGAAUUGUCGGACAGCUAUAUAUGUACGACUGCAAUAGAUAUUUAUAUGGUGCCUUUGUGAGUCUUUUCUCUUCAGGCAUGUGCCUUGUUGAAGAAAUGUGCUUUUUCUGUUGAGACUGUUAUAUGAGGGGCUAUUGCUUCAGCUUCUUAGAAUAGUUACAGUCUGUUCUUUGCCAAUAUACUUAUAUUGGGGGAGAGUUGCCUGUUGUCCUGUUCUCUUUGUAAGGGCUGCAGUUAUUUGUACUUGCUACUGGCCUGUCCUGUCUGUCACAGAUUUACCAUAUUAUCUUGAAUGUUUAUGUAAAACAUUUCUCCUGUGAAGUGGGGCUGUCAAAAUAAUACAUAGGUUUCUAUUUCAAAUCUGAGUAAUACAAGUUGAGCCCCUACAGACUUAAAAUUUAAUGCUCUGAUGGUUCAUUUGGGAGAAUGUCCGAUCAACGAAAAUAUACAGGCGAUCUUUGCCCAGACAUUUCAAGGAAAGCUUCAUCCUGCUUGCACUAUUUUACUAGUGUGUGCCCCAGCUUUGUGCCUUCUCAUGAACAAGCCAAUGUACUGCUGUUGUUUCUCUUGUGUUCAAGGUAUGUUUCUGAUCAGCACUUUUUCCAGCCUGAAAUGCAAUUUUUUCAUUCAAGCUCAUCCUGUACCCAGUAUUUGUGUUGGUGUAUUGUAAUGAGAAGUUGGGUUACUUAGUUUCUCUAAGCAGAUGGGCGGGCUGUUUCCUUCCUGUGAUCAGUCACUUACUGGAGAUGGAAAGAGUAAAGAGUAAAAUCAUUUCCUCUAGGGGACAUCUAUUUACUGUUUUAACAUUUGUUCUUUUUACUGUAAGCUGUUCUGGACUUGUGUGAAGCCGUUUAGAAAUAUUGUAAAAAUUGUCCAAGAUCACUGCCAUUUAUCAAUGAGAAAAGCGGUCGUCUUAGACAAGUGGAUGUCUUCGACAUUGUGAUUAUAACAUAGAAAAAAAACACAAGGGGGGAGGUGUGAAGUGGGUGUUUGUACAGGUGAUUGUCUUGGACAGGUGGCAAUUAGAGCAGGUUUCACUGGUUAAAAGUAUGGUACUUGUAUGUGUCGUAUAUAUCUUCAGGUAUACUUUUUGAACUAACUGUUUGUUGAAAUUGAUGUUUCUUCAGAUUGUUGUUACUAUUUACUAUGCCAUUUUCCUUCCUCUCUUUAAAAGCCUUACUUUAUGGAAUUCUUUAAAAAAUAUCUAAAUUACUAAAUGUACUAAUUUUGAAAAUUGAUGGGUUUUUUUACAAAGAGAAUUUUCUAUCGUAAAUUUGCUCUAUUUUUGUACAAAUUGGAUUGUAAAUUCUCUGUGAUGAACGUUGUUGUAUUUGUGAUACAAGCACUUGAUGAGGAUAAUAAGCUCUUUGAAAUUGCAAUAAAUUGUUGUGUGAUCAGUACCUCAUGCCCUCAGUCUGUGCACACAGUCCACAGUGCCUUAUGAUAUUGUGAGGGUAGAGAGAUCUGAUUUUUUAAAAGUCAUACAUUUCUUCAUGUAUGUUAUGCCUUUUAUGAUAAACAAAUUGUUUCCUUGGCCAGUGAAAAUGUUCCUUCACCUAAACCAAAGCGACAAUGUCAUAUCAAUAGAUUUUCCACAACAGAAUUUUUGUGAUUUUUGCUCAGCAAAGUUCAUACGUAGAAUGAAACAACCUGCUAUUCUUGGUCAAGCCUGAAGAGAAAAAGCUUGUACAGUAAUUUGAUAAAGUCUCUGUCUCAGGGCCAGAAAGGGAAAAUUCAUAGCUCUUUGUCUGACUUGAGUGAAGUUCUUCUUGUCCAUUGUAGGGCCUGAGUGAGAGACCUUAUCAAUGCACUUGGUGCAAAAGUGACAGGUCUGCUGUAAUGUGAAAUUGGCAUUAUUCACCGUGAAAGUAAAUUGCACAAAAUUGUUGAUGAUGUGUUUGGAUUCGCACACAGAGAGCACCGUACUGCAUCACAUUCUGUGAGCAUUCAGCAACGGAAAUGGCACCUCCUUUCCUUUUGUUUGACUUUAACGAGUCAAACUUUCAAAGACUAUAAUUCUAUUUGUCUCAAAGGUUUCCAUGAGAUUUAAUAUUAUUUACAAGCUUUUUUGUUCCUCUUCUUAAGUGAAAAGAAAGCCUAUAAAAAAUGCUGUGAACUCUUUGAAAUGGUAAAAAAUUAUGUUUGAAUUCCACAGACUAUUUGAAAUGAGAUAAUGGGGUAAGAACUUGUUCUGGAAAAUAAUGUCUGAGGAUACUUUAAAGAAAGGAUUUAUUAAUAGUUAUUAACAUAAUGUUAUGAAACAAAGUAUGUCUAUCAAAUAAUACUGUCUAUGUUCUAUAAAAUACUGUUGCAGUGGCUGUUCACAAUCACAGUCAAGUUUUAUGAGAAAAUCGAAAGUACAUAUUUCACAUAUAUGAAAGUAACAGAACUUAUUGUUUGCAAAGGGUAACACUUUGAGUGGUUUUCUUUCUUACAGAGACAGAGUUAUUAAUGCAAGGGCCUGUUCGUCUAACUUGUAUUCCUUCAAACAACACCAUCAGUCUAUUACAAAAAUGUUUAAAAGACACAGUUACAUUUGUCAUAAGUCAACCUGACUAUUUGACUUGCCUUGUCGGAACUGGGUGUUUUUGUAUGCAAUGUCUCUAUUUCUGCACACACUCAGUCAUUGGUAUUAUUGGUAUAUUUUUUUGUAUAUAUACAUGUAUGUAACAAAAGUACAGGGAAUUCUAUUUUUGUCCUGAGUAUAUUUUUAUUGUGUGUUUGUCUUUGUGUGUGUGUGUGUGUGUGUGUGUGUGUGUGUGUGUGUGUGUGUGUGUGUGUGUAUGUGUGCGUGAGAGAGAGAGAGAGAGAGAAAGAGAGCAUUUGUACUCACAUACAUGUGUGUGUUAUGUCUCCCUAUUAUGUCAUUUGAUUUGGACUUAAAAAUUCAGAAAGGAAAGCUGUAUGAAUGAUGUGCAUUUGCAAUUCUUGCCUUUUUAUAUUUAAAUGCUUUUUGUAUGCUUCAGACUUGAGAAUCUACAUGUGAGGUUUUGCGUUUUGAAACUGAAACGUGAAGACGUUGCGUUGACUGUCUAGCUACUUCUGAACUUCAGCACACAUGUUUUGAGCACAGGUGGCUAUUUAACAAAAUCUUUUUUUUUUACUUGUAAAGGGGUUCAUUCACCGAACAAUUGUGACACAACUGUGUUUCUUGUCAGUUCUGUACUGUAGAAAAAGUUGUUCCCAUGAUUCCCAGUAAAUUAAAAAUGUUAUUCACUGAUACCAUUUGGGCAACUUUAGACUUGUCACUGAGAUUUAAAGGCCCUUGAAUCGUCAUCGGGUGUAGCUUUAGUUAAACUGAGGUCAUCCUGCCCCCUAGCAACAUGAUUUUUGAAGGGUAGAACCAACGGUAAUUUCACCUUUGACGUCGAAUUUCUCUAAACUUGGUAGGGCCUACUGAGCAAAUAGAACUUUGUAAUUCUGAGGCAGCAUUUUAGUGGCCUGAGCCUCUCGCAGACUUGUGGUAGAAUUGUGUGUAUCAGUCUAGAUGUCUUUGUGGGCUGUGUAGCCAUAACACAAAAAUGUGCCAUAGACACCCAGAGGAAACAACAAGAAUAUUUACAGAGUUGUCUCCCUAUUCUGCUUCCAAAGGCCCCUUGUCACCUGCAACGUACAUCUAAUCCAAUGCUAAUAGUUAUCUUGUAUGGAGGCUACUAAUGAUAUUUGAAAAGCAGUAGCAUAACAGCAAAUUUGUUGAUGCCACUUAUACGCAGCUAUAAAUAUCACCUUCUAUACAAUAUUCUUUUUUUGUUGUUUUUAUUCUUUUUUGGGGGGGGGGGGGUAUUGUGACUGUCUACUGAGCGUCAGCUGUGCCAUUUGAUGAUGAGUACAAUUCUUGUACUAGAUAUGAGCCGUAGACCAGUUCUAUAAGCAAUUAGCCAAUAUAAUGAUAAUUUAAACUGAGAAAUUUUUGUUAAUAUUUUUUUCCCCAAUGCUUUCCUCAGAUAUUUAUUUGUAGGUUUCAAUGCAUUCCACUCAUGUUUACUUUUUUUGUCUUUUUUUCCCCACUUCCUUUCUACGUUGCUCAUUUUCUAUGUAACCCGAGUGAAAAGAUGCACAUAGUCAGUUUAUUGACUCCAGAUACAGAAAGAUGAGAUGGAUUAACAAGGAGAAUGGGAAGUGAAUGUCAAGAUCUUUAAUAAAUCUGAAUAAGGAUUUUUUAAUUAGUAAAAGAUUAAUGACUGAAAGGCUUGGGGUGGAAAAGAGAUGAUAACGAAAUUUUCUUUUAGCACUUUGCAUCUCAUCUGCUCAGCUCUGCCUGUAAGUGCCGCAGAUUAGAGGUGUUACAAGUAAUUCCAGAGAGUAACAAACACAAAAUAGAAAAAUAGAAGGAGGGGGGGAUAAGGACGAUAGACGUUUGAAUUUAAAAGUGCAUUCAUUUCUAGGAAUAUGGACCCAGAAGCGAAGUGUUAUCAACUUUACUUUCCAGCUUUUUUCAUAUCCCGGUUCAUGACGAUGCAGUCACGUCUUAUCCAGAGACAGCAGCGGACCUUUGUAUUGUAAGUGUUUAGCCUUGAGUGAGGAGUUGUCAUAUUUCUACGAUUUAUGUGUUUCUCAAUUAACUGUUCACCUAAUUGAUUCAUUCACCCAUCUUAGCACAUUGCCAUCUGUGGGAUAUUGGUUAGGCCCUUUGCUAUUGCACACAGGAGACCCAAGUUCGAGCCCAGAGUGGAGAUAAUUUUUUCUUGAAUAUCUUGGUUUUUCUGUUGGGAUGCUGCAUUCCUCUCAGCUCAGGUUGACCCUGACUGGAUAGUUUCUUUGCUGUGGCACACAGGAGACCCAAGUUCAAUUCCAGAGUGGAGAGAAUUUUUUAUUGAGUAUCUUGUUUUUUCUGCUGGGAUAUUGCGUCCCUCUCAGCUCGGGUUAGCCCUGACUGGCUGGGUUUGAAACCCUGCUCCUGAAUUGUCUAAAUUUUGUUGAUCGGGGCAUUAAAAAACACUGCAUAAAAAGAAGGGAAAAAACCCAUGGGAACACCUCUACUCUUCAGAAAAGAAUCUUGAAUUGGUAGUGAAUGGCUGACUGUAUAUCUUUAUCAGUCACCUUUCUGGUUUUUCUACUAGCAAUCAGGAAAUUCUGUAAGCCAACUCCUGUACAUAUAAUAGUUUGCUCAAAUUUUAUUUGGUUGCUCAUAACUUAAAAUUUUGUUCUUUGUUCCCCUUGUGAAUUUGACCUCCUCUCAGUUAGGUCUGGUGUUGGUAGAUAUUUAAACACUAAAUUUUUGUCAUGUUGUACAAUCUAGUUAGGAUGACAUAGGAUCCUGGCUCAGCUAAGCGUGUUGGUGAUGGUCACAGUUCUACUGUUUCUAUCUGGAAGUCUAUGUCAUUUUAUUGAUUUAUAACUGGUUUACCAUUUAAGUAUAAAUAUACAAACACUUUUGUAUUGUAGAAAUCAUUUAUGUUUUGAUAUGCUAUAUUUGUUUCUUCUGGGGGGGUUGGUUUUGUUAUUCAACUGAGGAGAAACCCUCAUGAAAAGGUUCUGGGCAUUUUGAGUUAUAAUUCAUGUUUUAGGUGUUUGUCUUUAUGAUUUUUAUUUCAGAACCAGUUUCCUUGCUGGAUCUCACAUUACUAUUUUUUUAAAGACCAAGGACAUCGGUGUGUACUUGCACUUGGUGAACUGUUCCGAUAGUUCUUUUGCACUUUUUGUCACACUGGUGGUCACAUGAUGUGCCUUCAAAAAGUUAUCCACCUCUUUGGACCUUUGUUACCUCUUCUUAAUGUUACAACCUAUUCUUAAUGUUGCACUGAUACUUAUAAACAUUAGGAUUUGACCCAAAUUAUUGUUUAUUAUGCUAUGUUUCCUUUAAACUUGCCACACCCAGUUGCACACUUGAUUAGUUUUUACAUGCAUACUCAGUUGGCAGGUGGCUGAAGAGCGCUAGUGAUGGGUCUUUCUUUCCUUUACUCUUCCCCGAGUUAAAUAUAAUCAUUAUUAUGUCAAAGUAAUUCUUUCUACUUCCUGGGUAUGACUACAGCCAUGGGCACUGAAAGUAUUUUCAAUUAGGUAUGACUAUUGAAGUUAAGCGAUUUGAGGACUUUGAGAGAAGUUGCUGGUUAAAAUCUCAUGAGUUUGCUGAAAAACUAACGAAAUCAAAGUCAUGUGAAAUUCCCCCCCCCCCCCCCCCCCCAACAUCUGCACUUUUACUUGUAAACCGCCUUCUGAAAACAAAGCCUGCCUGCAAAGAUACCACAAGGGAGAUUUCCCAUGGCCUGGGAGUGUGACUUAUUUCCUUAUUAUGGUUUUUUGUUUGUUUCAAAUUUCCUGGUUUGCGUUAUCCCUUAAUAGAUAUGGGCUGAAACUGAAAGGUUGGGAGUUUCUGUCACGGACAGUAAGCAGUUCUUAUCUUGCAGACUACUCUGCACAGGAUACUACUGAGUCUAUGAUUUCCGUGUUGUCUCUCUGUCUGGAAUGAAAUUUCUCAGCUUACCUGUACUAAAUUUUGAACCCUGAAAGUUCUACUAAAUCUUCAGUCGCAGUGUAAUUAACAUAGACGGGAAUGCUCCACCUUGUUUUAUGAAGUUAAAGUGAUAUGUUGUGAUGUACAACAUCCCCAAUUUUCCGAUUUCAUCUUUUAAUACUGAAAAGUUAACAUCAUUUUCCCUGGUUAUUUCAUAUAAUGGAUGGAAUUUUAUUUUUUUUAAUUAAAGAAAGAAUAAAAAGAAUUAGUGAGAGGGAGGAAAGUGAGAAUACUUACAAGACUUGUCUGUGUUUCUUUUUUUAUGUCAUAUUUUGAACUUAAAAAGUAUUCUUCUUUACAUCAUUGCCCCAAUUCAAGCAAUAAUCAGUAUUUUCUGUCCCUUAUUUUAUGACUCUGUGUGUGUGUGUGUGUGUUUAUGUCCAUCAGUGUUAUGGUCAUUGUUGUCUCACUUAUCAUCUUUUUCAUGAUGUUAAUUUCACAACUGUUGUCAUCAUCAUCAUUAUCAUAAUCAUCAUCACUGUCAUUUUGGGGCAUCUUCAUUGUCCUUGUUUUCAUUCAAAUUGUCCUCAUUGGCGUCUUCUUUAGCAUUGUCAUACCUUGUCAUUUUUGCAGUCUAAUUCUGACAGGUAUUAUACCCUGUUGAUCAUCUCAAUGAGUCUUUUUGUGUUCUUGUUUUGCAAAUGGAAUACUUAACCCGAUGAAUUGUGUGAUUUUGAUUCUAAGUCGCCUUUCAAAGCUUUCAGUCACUGUGGGUUUAUCUGGUUUCUUUAAUCAAACUGUCAAGCUGGAGCUUGAGUUUAUCUAACUUAUUAUACAGGCAAAAAUACAGAAAGCCAUUUUUUUCCUAUUGCAGAUUGAAUACUCAAUGCCUUAAAAUUGUCUAAGUAUAUGUCUUUCUUUUGGAAAAAAAAGAACAAAACAAUAAACAAAGCCAAAAAAAUGGAGAA